AUGGAUGCGCACACCAUUCCCGCCGAGUCAGAGCACGUAUUAUCUGCGGCGGACCGUGAUGCAGCGGUGAAAGCUUCAGUCGAUGCGUUCUUCACAUAUCCAUUUGCUGAAGAUGCCGGAUUUCAGGAAGGGUUGAAACACAUCAUUGCAGAUGGGGUGUUCGAAGCCAACCCAGACGAAGUGAAGACAGACAUACUACGGCGCUCAAAAGUUUUCUAUUUCAACCGGGUCACCGGCUCUUUCACCACUGUGGACGAUGUGCUUCAAAGGGAACAGGAACUGGCUUCUAGCAUGCAAACCCCUUCAGCUCAACACCUGCAGCCAUCAGCUCCAAAGACUACAGAGGACGCCAAUGAACCACGGACAUUGACCUUCGCUGAGCUCAAGCUUCUCAUCGAGCAAGGCAAAACCGAUCAGAUACCCAAUAAUCGUUUAAUUCCUGACAAAUUGAACGAAGCACAGCCGAGUCACUCUACGACAAAUGCACGGAAGAAGCCCUGGGAAACGUAA